AUGGCCGACUUGCCUGCGCGACCACCUGCGCCUGCGCCGCCGCUCCCAGCAGGCUGGACUGAGCACAAGGCACCUUCAGGGCACACAUACUUCUUCAACAAAGAGACCAAGAAGUCCACAUACACACGGCCCGUCGCCGAAGUCCCUCAAUUCCAACCGACUCCUCCAACCGCGCCGUCCUCGUAUAUCCCUCCGCCUCAGAACAACACCUACAACGCUCAGCCUGCGCAACCAUCUUCCGAUCCACAGCGGCAGAUACAAGACCUCGUCUUCGGCGGCGCACCGAGACAGGCUUUCCACAAUGCCGGACAGCAGCGGGGCGGGCAUCGUGGUGGCUUUCGAGGAGGGCAGAACAACUUCUCGGACAGACGACGCGAAAAGGAUGACCGGCCGAAGCAUCGCAACGACAUUCCAAACUGUGCACCGUGGGUGCUCGUCAGGACAAAGUUUGGGAGGCGUUUUGUGUGGAACAAGGAGACGAAUGAGAGCUUCUGGAAGUUCCCACCACACGUGAUGAAGGCAGUCGUAGAGUACGAUCGCAAGCAACGCGAGAAGAAGCAGCGCCGCGAGCGUGGAGAGCCCAGCGACGUCGAGGAAGAAGAGGACACUGCGAUGGCAGAUAUCGAGGCAGAGCUGGCAGCGGGCGAAGAGGAGGUGGAGAUCGUCGAAGUUGACGGUGAGGAGGGCAUGGAGAACGACGAAGAGUAUGAGGAGGUCGAAAUCACAGAUGAUGAGGGCGAAGGGGCAGAGAUCGUAUCUAAGAGACAGCGUAAGGAGCCGAGUGGAGAACAGGCUCAGGCAGCAAAAGACGAUGAUCUGGCGUGGCAGUUGGCGCAAAUGGAGGAGAUGGAGAUGGGUGCUGGCUACGAAGAGGAAUUCGCUGAGGAGUAUGAGGACGAAGAGCCGGCAUUGACACAAGAGGACUGUAAUGCUCUGUUCAAGGAGCUUCUUGAUGAUACAGGGAUAAGUCCGUACACGCCAUGGGGCAAGAUCCUCGAAGACGGCACGCUCUACGAGGACGAACGCUACAAAGCCCUUCCAAACAUGAAGGCACGCAAAGAAUGCUUCGAUGAAUGGGCGCGAGACAAGAUGCAAUACCUGAAGGAAGAGAAGGCAAAGCAGCAGAAGCGCGACCCCAGGAUACCGUACUUGGCCUUCCUCGACCGCUACGCAACACCAAAGCUCUACUGGCCGGAGUUCAGACGCAAGUUCAAGAAAGAGCCAGAACUGAAGGAUACGAAGCUCCCCGACAAAGACAAGGAAAAGCUGUACCGCGACCACAUCAAGCGCGUUGGCAUGCGCCAAUCCGACCUCAAAUCCGACUUAUCAGCGCUGCUCCGCGCACAACCGCUCGCCACACUCAACCGCUCGACAACGAUUGACACCCUGCCCUCUGCCAUCCUCACAGACCUCAGAUAUAUUUCUCUUCCUACGUCGACGCGCGAACCCCUCGUCGAAACGUACAUCUCGACUCUACCUCCUGCGCCGGAAGGUGCCGCGGCGUCUGCUGAAGAGGACGCCGAGCGCGCGAAGAAGCGAGCGGAGAGGGAGAGGAGAGAAAAGGCAUUGGCUGAGCGUGAGAGGAGAGUGCAGACAGAGAAACGCAAACAGGAGCGCGAUCUGGCGUACGGGAAGAGUAGGCUGAGAGAAGAGGAAGAGGAGAUACAGAGGGCGCUAAACGUUGGCAAGGAAGGAUUGAGGAAGCAUUUGGAUGAAUAG